AUGCCAGAGAAGGUUGCUGCAAGCCGUACCCAACCGCAUGGUCGAGUCCUUGGCGUCGAUAUCAUCCCAGCCCAACCACCGAAAGGAGUGUCCACAAUUCAAGGCAAUUUCCUCGCACCCGAAAUUCAAACGUACAUCCGAGACUUUCUCCGCAGUCCAGACAGAGGCAGGCCGCGCCAACCUGGCUUUCUGAACGAUUCCAGUGCCAGUCUGUUGGAGCCGAAUUCGGAUAUCGAAAGCACCACCGAGACCGAGAAGAUGGACAUGAGGGGCGAUAAAAUACUUGAAAGAACGGUAGAUGUUGUUCUCAGUGAUAUGUCUGCUCCCUGGCACCAGACCUCCGGUUUCUGGAAACGAAGUCUAAGUGCUCCUUAUAACAGGAUGAUGAACACCAGCGGUGUCACUUUCAGAGAUCAUGCUGGAAGCAUGGAUCUUUGCCAUGCGGCUUUGCGCUUUAGUUCGGAUGUUUUGAAGGCGGGCGGUCAUUUUGUCUGCAAAUUCUACCAAGGCGCCGAAGACAAAGAACUGGAGGAGCAGCUGAAGGAAUUAUUCAAAAAAGUUCACCGUCUUAAACCCGAGUCAUCUCGCAGUGUAUGA